AUGAGGCGUCCAAAGAUUGCACUGGUUGGCGGAGGACAAAUCGGAGCAGUAUUGGCGUUUCUCUCCUCUCUAAAGGAAUUGGGAGAUGUUAGUAUUUUCGAUGUAGUGGAAGGAAUGCCGCAAGGGAAGGCGUUGGACAUAUCACAAGUUGGACCCGUGGAAGGGGUGGACAGCAGAGUAUCGGGUUCAAAUCAGUUCGUGGCUUUACAAGGGGCAGAUGUUGUCAUCGUUACAGCUGGCGUGCCCCGCAAGCCCGGCAUGUCGCGCGACGACCUCCUCAGCAUUAACUCGAAGAUAGUCUCCGAAGUGGCGGAUAACAUUAAAAUACAUGCACCCGACGCUUUCGUGAUUUGCAUAACAAACCCACUUGACGCAAUGGUGCAGUUGAUGAGGGAGCGCAGUGGACUGCCGCAUGCGAAGGUGGUGGGAAUGGCUGGGGUGCUGGACUCCGCGCGCUUUCGUUCUUUUGUGGCGGAGAGGUUGCAGGUGUCUGUUGAAGAUGUGCAGGCGAUGGUUAUGGGGGGACAUGGAGACGCCAUGGUGCCCCUGCCAAGAUAUUGCACAGUGGGGGGCAUUCCGUUGCCAGAUUUGGUGGCGAUGGGUCAACUGACGCAAAAAGACGUCGAUGACAUUGUGCAACGCACGCGAAAUGGCGGCGGAGAGAUUGUUAAUCUUUUGAAGGCCGGUUCCGCUUUCUUUGCUCCAGCUGCCUCUGGGGUGCUGAUGGCUGAGGCAUAUCUUAAAGACAAGAAGAGGCUUAUCCCCUGUGCUGCCUAUCUCACUGGACAGUAUGGGGUGAACGGCCUAUAUGUUGGGGUGCCGUGUAUCGUUGGGGCUGGAGGUGUGGAGAAGAUACUGGAACUGCAACUGACACCAGAGGAGAAGGCGAUGUUUGCGAAAUCUGUCGAGGCCGUCCGCUCCCUCGUUGACUCUCUGCCAAAAUCCCCCCAGUAA